AUAAAAAGCAAACUCCACAAACCCUUCGUAGAACCAAGACACUCCGAGCAACUAUCCAAUUCAUCCGACCUCUGGAUUUCUCUCAUCUACUUCACCCAAAAAUUGUGUUCUUCCUUCGUACUUCAUUCAUACAUGGCGUUGAUUCCCGGUCUCCCCGACGACAUCGCCCGAGAAUGCCUGAUCCGAGUCCCCUACGCCGGAUUCUCCACCGUCGCGUCCACGUGCAAGGGAUGGAAGGCCGAGAUCGAACUUCCACAGUUUCGGUCGCAUCGCAAAUCAGCAGGCCACAGCCAAGUGAUCCUCGUCAUGGCUCAAACCGUCCUCGACCCGGCCCGGAGCAUCGGAUUCGCGAAGCUUUGCCAUGUCCCGGUUUACCGCCUGACCACUUUUGAGCCGGUUUCGGGUUCUUGGAGUGAGCUGCCGCCGCCUCCUGGAUUCUCUGGGGGUUUCCCCAUGUUUUGCCAGUUGGCCGCCGCCGGGUCGGAUCUUGUUGUGGUCGGGGGGCUCGAUCCAGUUUCGUGGGAGGCCUCGAGUUCGGUCUACAUCUACAGCUUUAUAACCGCCACGUGGCGGCGUGGGGCCGACAUGCCGGGCAGACCACGCUCGUUCUUCGGCUGCGCGUCGGACGGGGACCGCGUGGUGUUCGUGGCCGGAGGCCAUGACAACGAGAAAAACGCAUUGAGGUCCGCAGUGGCAUACCACGUGGAAAGAGACGAGUGGGCGGCUUUGCCUGACAUGUCAAGGGAGCGUGACGAAUGCAAGGGCAUCUUCCACGGCAGCAAGUUCCAUGUCAUCGGCGGGUAUGGCACCGCGAUGCAGGGGAAGUUCGAGAAGAGCUCCGAAGCCUUCGACACCGCCAUGUGGCAGUGGGGCCCAGUGCGAGAGGACGCGUUGAUGGCGAGCACAUGCCCAAGGACCUGCGUGGAUGGCGAUGUGGACGACCACUUGUACAUGUGUAGGGAUGGCGACGUGUUGGCGCUCAGAGGAUCAACGUGGCGGGUCAAAGCUAAAAUCCCCGGUGGCGUGGCCAAUCCUAGUCAUGUGACAAAGUGGCAAGGGAAGUUACUGGUGAUUGGGUCUGCGAGAGCUGGCGAACCCCUAAAGGCAUACGUGCUGGAGACACGCACUUGUACUUGGACAAACGUGGAGUUGCCGGAAAAGUUCUCCGGUCAUGUCCAAGUUGGCUGUUCUAUGGAGAUUUAGGAGGAACAAGGCUGAGAAAUAAAGCGUGUUGUGUACAUAUUAAGAUAUGAGACUAUUGUUUGAUUUA